ACCAUUGCCGGGAAACCGCGGACAGCGUGCGAGAAAGACAGACGAGAACCUCCGUUGGGCACCCCAGAUGCAAAAACAAACACGCUGCAGAUAGCCUCUUCCCAUUUAUACCGAAACCGAAACAAUAAGAAACACCCGAGGAGAAAACCACGACUGACUGGAUUCCUUUUCCGAGCGAAACGGGAACCAUUCAUGGAUCUAUGCAUAGCGCAUACCCCGGCCGUUCACCGCUGGCCGAACGAUAUGGGCGAGCCUGCUCACGCACCAUCGAUGAAACAAUCCCGUCUUCAAAGGACCUCCACGAUCCCCACCAGACAACAGCACCACCGGACAACUUACGGCCGCGAAAGGCGGCUCAGCAUGUCCCGGUCCGCGUUGCUCCGCUCACCAGAGCCCGCCCCAUCGGAAACGAUACUACUGAUGCUCAUGCCAGCACGCUGACCAUUUGCGCCCGACUGACUGGGUGGGCCAUGCGGCGCAGUCGGCGGGGGUGGCGGCGUUCGUCCAUCGGCGGGGCGCCCCGCAUAGGGUCGCAGCGAUGGAUCUGUCGCGGCUCCUCCGUGGUACGGAUAGGUGGCGGAGCCGGGGGUGGACGGACCCAUGGCGGGGGAUGCCUGCGAGUGCGGCGAGGCGGAUGCGCGCGGGGGGUCGUGCGGCGGAUACGCGGUGGGAGGGGAGGGGUGCGCGCCGGGCGCUGCAGCGGACGCGGCGUAGUAGGGCUGCUGCGGGGCGGGAGGAGUGUGAUAGGGGAUGGUCGAGGUGGAAGCUGGAGAGCCGGUAGAGUUAGCGCCAAGGGCUGUUGGAUCGGGAUACGUGUAUUCAAAGUCGCGAGGAGUAGCACUGGGGGCCCCGUUCCGGGGGAUUUGCGCUGUCGCGCCAGGAUUGGGCGGGGGGAGGGUGGGGGUGUGCGGCUCGUCAAUUGGUCUCUUCCUACCAUUGCUGCGGUCGUCGUAUCCUUGAGGAGGCGGCUGGUACGCCUGCGCUUGUUGAGGAUACGGCGAGGUCGGGCUUUGCACGUACGCUCCCGCCGGGGGUGGUGCAGGGCGCCCGAACGAGUCCUGCUGCGGAGGCAGCGGAUUUCCUAGAGGUCCGUACAGUUGUUGAUACGGUGGAGGCGGGCCCCGACCGUAGGCGGCAUGCACCGGCACAAACGCUUGCGUAUUGGUGUUGGAAACAGGCAUAAAGACGCCUUCCUGCGACGACAGUACUUGCAUGCAAUUGCGGUCCUCUGUCGAGGAGCCGUCUGAGAUGCGGUGGAAUAACCCGCAGGAUACUCGGGAUGGUUCAUGCCGUAAAGCUGGUGCGGGCCGGGAAGGG